UUUUCCCCCAAUUGCUCCGUCUUUUUUCUCUCCUCUCUCUCUAGCUCGCUCGCCAUAGGAGACAAUCUCGAAGCUGCUUUAGCUUGAAGCUGCGAGUGAUACGGGGGUUGCUGCUUCGCGGCUGUAGCUGUGGCGAUGGAGCGAGCGGAGGAGGGGGCGAGGAGCGCGCCGACGACGGCGCCGUCGGCGAGGGCGUCGAUCUGGGAGUCGGUGCGGGCGUGCGGUGUGUGGGGGAAGGAGGUGGACAAGGCCGAGCUGCGGAGGCAGGUCGUGAUGCCGCUCUACGCGCGACGGGCCGUCGCGGCGGCCGUGAAGGCGAAGGACGAGGCUGCCGGCGUGGCGGCGGCGGGGGAGAAGGGGAGGGGCGAGGAGGGGGAGGUGGAGGUGGAGGUGGAGGCGGAGGCGGUGACGCCGGUGGUGGUGUUCGUGAACUCGAGGAGUGGUGGUAGGCACGGGCCCGAGCUCAAGGUGCGGCUCCACGAGCUCAUCAACGAGGAGCAGGUCUUUGAUCUCUCUGUCGUGAAGCCUUCUGAUUUUAUUAACUAUGGUUUGGGUUGUUUGGAGAAACUGGCCGAACAAGGUGAUGAUUGUGCAAAGACCUUACGUAAAAAGUUGAGGAUUGUGGUUGCUGGUGGUGAUGGCACAGUUGGUUGGGUACUUGGAUGUCUCACAGAUCUUUAUAGGUUGUCAAGGGAACCAGUUCCACCCACAGGGAUCAUUCCACUUGGUACAGGAAAUGAUCUUGCUAGAUCAUUUGGAUGGGGUGGCUCUUUUCCCUUCGGUUGGCGUUCAGCUGUAAAGCGUUACCUCAGCAAGGCAGCUACAGCUCCCACCUGCCGUCUUGACAGUUGGCAAGCUGUAGUUAUGAUGCCGGAUGGAGAGAUAAAAGAGUUGCCAUAUGCACUUAAGAAAACAGAACCUGCAGACUGCCUGGAGCUUUGCCAGGAGAAUGGCACUGAAUUACCUGAGAAAGCUUCUUGCUAUAAAGGAGUAUUCUACAACUACCUUAGUAUUGGCAUGGAUGCGCAAGUUGCUUAUGGCUUCCACCAUCUUCGUGAUGAAAAGCCAUAUCUUGCUCAAGGACCAGUUGCAAACAAGUUGAUUUAUGCUGGUUAUAGCUGCACGCAGGGGUGGUUCUGCACACCUUGUACAGCAAGCCCUCAGUUAAGGGGGCUUAAGAACAUUUUGCGACUUUACAUUAAAAAGGUCAAUUGUUCUGAAUGGGAGCAAGUUCCAAUGCCUUCAAGUGUUAGAUCGCUGGUGGUCUUAAAUUUAUACAACUACGGCAGUGGAAGGCAUCCAUGGGGUGAUCUUAAACCUGACUACCUUGAAAAAAAAGGUUUUGUUGAAGCUCAUUCAGAUGAUGGAUUGCUUGAAAUAUUCGGUCUGAAAGAAGGCUGGCAUGCUUCAUUCGUUAUGGCUGAGCUUAUUAAAGCAAAGCACAUCGCUCAGGCUGCAGCUAUUAAGUUUGAAAUGAGGGGUGGGCAAUGGAACCGUGCGUAUGUUCAAAUGGAUGGAGAGCCAUGGAAACAACCACUCCUACAAGAGCAGUCAACCAUUAUCGAGAUAAACAAAGUUCCUUACCCUUCUCUGAUGAUAAACGGGGAGCAAUGACAUCUUCCCGGUUUCAAUCAGGGUUGCAUUCUAGAUUGUUAGAUUAUGUAUAGUUCGGGAGCAGCUACAGGUAUUAGUCAUGGUCGGAGCACUAUGUGCCAAAAUGUACUGUUGUACUAUAUAAAUUAUUACUAUGUUCCUAGGUUAUUUCAUUGGAAAACAAAUAUAACUUUAUUUGUAAUGUUAUUUUUCCUGUCAAAGCAAACGAGAAAUUCCAGGAAAACACUGUGUACUGUAAAUUGCUCACAUUUCCCGUCGUCACGUCAAUUUGGAAUUCUUUUACUCUCGGGUU